GCGGAGGUGGUCGUGGUCGUGAUCGUCGUGUUACUGGAUCAAGUUCGUUCCGUAUAAACUGUGUCACACUUUCACCCUUCUCAAAAUGUUUGCCAACUUCGCCGUCACGCUCGUCUGCACGUUGCUGCCUUGCACCCAGGUCGUCGAAGGUCCGACGAGUGCACAAAUUGAGGUCGACCUGACCAAGGCGCCACACACAUCGAUCUACUACCUCCCCAUCAAUGGUGUCAUUUACCCCAAAGUUUAUAACGUGUCGCCCAACUAUGUCGCCAUUCAUAGCAGUGAUCAUCAAGGGGGGGUUAUUCAGGGGGGAGAAAGCCGGGGAAGUGGGGAAUAUCUGCCGCCACCGCUGCUCGCGGAUUCGCCACAUGUCGAAUCUUCCCAGCAGGCGGAUGAGUAUCCCGUGGUUGGAAUUUUGGACGGGUUUUUGAAAGGGUUUACCAUGAAGACGAUCAAUAAUCGGAAUAUUUCCGCGUUCAAAAGCAUCCCGUUCGCCCAGCCGCCAGUGGGAGCGUUACGUUUUGAGCCCCCGGUCAAAAAUUCCCCCUGGACCGGAAUCCGUGACGCCAUGGCCGACAGCCCAACCUGCAUUCAGGCCGAUUACCUCCUCCAAUACAACAUUCAUGGACAGGAAGACUGCCUCUAUUUAAACGUGUACACUCCAAAGCUUCCAUCGACCAAGAGGAGACAAGAUGCCCCACUGCCAGUUAUGGUUUGGAUACACGGAGGGGGCUGGUUCUUUUCAUCGAGUAGUUUGUAUGGUCCAGCUUACCUCUUGGAUGAAGACGUUGUCCUUGUGUCGAUGAAUUACAGAUUGGGGUCAUUAGGCUUUUUGUCCACCGGGGAUAUGACCAGCCCUGGCAAUAAUGGCCUCAAAGAUCAAACCCUGGCUCUAAAAUGGGUCCGUGAAAAUAUUGCCAACUUUGGGGGUGAUCCCAACAAAAUUACGAUUUUUGGGGAGAGUGCUGGCGCAGGAUCUGUCCACUUUCACAUGUUUUCUCCAAUGUCUCGAGGCCUUUUCCACGGUGCCAUUUCCCAAAGUGGGUGUGCCACGUGUUUCUGGAGCAUUACUGAAAAAGCGGCUGAAAAUGCGCAGAAAUACUCUGCACUUCUCAACUGCACGGGAAAUUCGAAAGAAAUCUUGUCAUGUUUGAAACAAAAGGACGCUAAAGAUUUGGUCUUUAUGCAACUCGCAUUUUUGGAGUGGACCAUGUACCCCGUCGUCAUCUUCGGCCCCGUCCUGGAACCCGCCCACGCCGGCUCCUUCCUGUCCGAAUUACCAGAGACGAUUUACAAGAGGGGUGGGGUUGCCCCCGUCCCCUGGAUCACUGGGCUUAACGCGGACGAAGGAGGGAUCAAUAUUGCCGUCCUGUUUAUCGGAAAUGGAAGUGUGGACCAACUAAAUACCGAAUGGGACAAGUACGGUUCGAUAUUCCUCGACUUUAAAAACACCGAAGCCAACAAUUCUGCCCGCCUCUCGAAUCAAGUUCGAAAUCAUUAUUUGGGAAAUUCGAACAUUUCUCUGGCAAAUCGAGACGAGCUUAUCAAGAUGUUUGGAGACCGAUACGUCAUUACUUGUGGAAUCCGAGGGAUGCAACUUCACGCUCGGUACAGCCCUCAACCAGUUUACGCUUAUCGACUCGCGUACCGUGGGAAAUAUAGUAUUGUUCAACUCCUCGGACAAAGCCCGCAAGAUUAUGGCGUUUCCCACUUGGACGAUUUGAUCUACCUUUUCAACAACACGGUCUACUAUCCAAACCUCGCUUUGGAGGAUGAAGAGUACGAGGUGUCGAAAAUUAUGACGAGAAUGUGGUCCAAUUUUGCAAGAACAGGGCGACCAUACUUGACCAGCACUCACAACCAAAACAACAACGAAUUGCGAAAUACUCUAACUUGGACCCCAGUCCCAAGAAAUGCGACGCCCACGUCCCCCAUCAAUUUUAUGGACAUUAAGCUACAACCGGAAAUGGUCAACGACCCGUUUAAUGAGAGGGUUAAGUUUUGGAGGAGUUUGGGUCUUGUAGAUGAAUAGAUGGUACAAAUACUAAUGUUUUUUUGUGCAAAUGGGGUUUGAUAUAAAAUAAGAUUAUAUAAGAGGUAUAGAUUAAGAAGUAUGAAAAUUUCUCCAAAUUUCGAUAUAAAUAUUUAGACAUACAAAAUUGAGUGAAAUAUUGAUGACUGAAAGAUCUCGAGGGUUUUAUAAGUUUCUAGUGUUAAUUGAGUGAAAGAAAUGAUAAUUAUUCAUGAUUCGUAUUGAUCCAGAUUUAAGACUAAAAAUAUAUUCAUGUAAAAUUAAGUAUCCACGAAAAACUGCUGCUUGGGAAAAGACUGAAUAAUUAUGUAAUUUUAAAAGUACACGAACAAUGCAUGGACCUAUUCAGCCAGUUUUUUUGUUAAAUAGAUGUUAAGUUAUUACAUGUACUGUUUUCAAUACCAAUAGCUUUAAACCAUUUUAAUUCUUAUAAAUAAUUAUUAUUGUUGUUCCUACACUAUUAUGAUAAUUGUUGAUUAAAUUGAAUGAAAAUUGAGUUUGAAA